UGCGCGUGUGCAUUGCAUCAAUUAUCCCUUGCACUCCUAAACAACGCUUUUUGUUGUACUUUGGCAAUGAGUAAAGUCUACAAAAUGCAGUCCACUGGGCUUCCUCUCAUCACUAUUUUUGGUCGUGAGUGGAAACGCCAACCGGAUGCUUCACGUUUAUACAUCCGGUAAAAUAUCUGGCUCAUUGGUCUGUCUGUGAAAGAACUGUAAACGCUAAGGCUACCGUGUCUGACUUGGACGCUGUAUUAUGGAAGAUGAAGAGGUUUGCGAAAGUUGGGAGGAAGCUGCAGACAGCGGGGAAAUUGUGAAAAGACUUGAGGCAAAGUUGAAGAUAAGCCAGAAAGCAAAGAAAGCAAGCAUCAGCUCAGGUAGCUCCCCCAUACGAACUGCCAUGGUUAUCCAGGAUGAAUCUCUACCUGCAGCCCCCCCACCUCAAAUCCGAAUUCUGAAGCGCCCCUCAAGUAAUGGUUCCUUGGGGUCCUCUGGUUCAUCCAACCGCCCCACCCAGCAGCCGAAGUCACUGGCCCAGCGGGAGGCAGAGUAUGCCGAGGCCCGCAGGAGGAUUCUGGGUAGUGCUAGCUCUGAAGAAACGCCUCAGGACAAACCCAGGCCAGAAAGACCAGUGCGAGUGAGUGCCCAACCACCACAACCAGAACUGGUUAGUCUGAACAAUCACGUUAUCCGCCAACCCACAGGCCCAGACGGUACCUUAGGCUUCCGUCGCUACAGAUAGAGGAGGAUCCAUCGUCUCUUCUUGGGGGCAUGGUGUGCAGAGGACAAAGGGGAGGUAGCAUGGUGCGUGAAGAGCAGAGUGGUGGGAUGAAAUGUAAAAGUUGUGGUGAUGAUAGAUGGUCAAUAGAGACAAAUUAUUGGCUCGCAGAAUGAGUUUAAGUAUCCCUACCACCCCUUUCUGCUGACUGUUGGCACGCCCUUUGCCUUUUGCCCUCUGCCCUGUUUCUAGCCUGCGCGGAGGGUUGCAGGGAGAUUGCUGAGGGUUUGGUCAGAUCUCCUGUCUGUCCCACACUGACCAGGGCUUUGCCUCAGGACUCCAUACACUGUGAUAUCUCCCAUGAUGCACCCUAAGCUUCCCAAUGCCCCUCUCAGUGCCCCUCUUCUGUUGAGGACCAGGGUCUUCCAGGGUCCGCGGCAUGCCCGCCUUGCCCUCCAGGUGAAUGACAGACUGAGUCUGUGGGACUUCAAGGUGGCCAGGGGAAAGUACCUAUCGACAGACAUGCGUGGAUGAGGGCCAUGGAUAGAGCAGGGGAGUGACAAGGUGCCACUAAGACGUGUUGGCAUAUUCAAGCAAUAAUUCUGAAAUCAAUAUGAAAACGCGGCUUCUCUAGCUAAACUGCCAUCUGCCUGGGCAGUAUAUGUUAAUAUUUGUUAUGUUUUUAAUUCAAUUUUUAAUAACUUUCCUGGUUUGUUUUAUUUUCCUGUUUUUAAAAACUGGGCAGGAACUGAAGGGUGCAUUUGGAAUUAUUAGGUUAAUGUCUUUCUUGCAUCUAGAUGCUUUUGUUUAUUAAUCUGUUUUUAAAGUGGCAAUGAUAUACAGUAGAAGAAAAACAAAUUAUAUAAUAUACAAUUUAGUGACGCUGAAUGUUUUUAUAGGAUCUUAUACACAUGGUCAUUGAAAGUAGUAGCCAUUAUUAAAAUAUACUAAGUAUAUGUUGAGAUUAGAAUAAAAUACUGUAUUUUAUAGACAGCCAAAAAAGUCAUCCUGAAAAAUAUUCAAACUGAGUGGCCUUGUUGCUUCUUGUGCAGAGAGACGACCAAGAAAGAGGGGCCACAGAUUACAAGGAGCAUAAGUAGGCCAAAGCCUCUUUUUUUUUUUUUUUGGUGAUUAAGAGUUGUUUGAAUAGGAAGCCAUUGGCUGGAGGAGUGUUUUAAGCAGUGUCUCUAUUCUGUCCCGUCUUUCUUUUUGUCCCUCUCUAGGGUUGCCUUACUUGGAGAGAGGAUGAUAAAGACAAGUUGGAAUAAAGACUACAAUAGAGUGAGCGAGAGAUUGAUGAGGAUGUUGCAAUUUGCUUGGUUAGAAGGCAAUGUUAUUAAGUAGAGUGCCAAAGUUGAACAGAAACCCAAUUUUCCCCAGCGGAGGUGGGACGUCAUAGCUUUCAAUCUGUCUAGUUUUGUUAAUGAAAUGACAAACUACAUCUUGGCUGUUUUUAAACCAUACUAAAUGUGUAAACUCAAAAUGCCUUAAAUUCUUUGGUUUCAUAUUGGACCCCACAGUUACCAAGGCACCUCAGGUUAAUGCUCUUGGAUGCUGUGAUUUGUUUAAUUUUUAAACCUAAUUUUAUGUUCUCACCUUUAACUCCCUUUGCCUCAUGUCUGUUAUUUGGCCAGCCUAAGAACCCCGGGAAGGUGGUUUUGUUGGCCCCUCUCUCAGGGAGGUUUUAAUGCUGGACAAGCUAAAUCGUGGGUCUGCUCAACUGUAAUCCCAGAGAUGGUGAAUGACUGGACUUGUUGUAUAGUCUACUUUGUGAAGAAAGUCACAUACGGUAACCUCUUUUGGGUAUGAUCUGGUUCUUAUUUGGAGUAUACCUAAAGUAUGUUAUCUGGGCCACUUGAAAAGUAAUUUUAACCUUAUCCUUUAUUAGGAUUAUUGAUCAGAGUUGGCUAGACAGUUGAAAGCAAUAUGGUGGUGAAACGCAGGUGUAUUGUACAACCCCCUGAGUGCAGUUUCCACACCUGCCAGAUCAGAGAUUAGCCUGGAAAAGGAAGGGAGCAGACUAGCCAUGGAGGAUUCUGAUCCUCCUGAUCAGUGUUGGGUUUAAUUCAGAAAGUGAAUUAAUGUAAUUAUUUAAGUCCAUAUGAAUUGUAAACUGAAUUGACCUCACCCCUGCAUUUGAGCCUGCGCAGCUCCAGUAACCAUCGGUUAUGGGUGACAAUGAAGAGAUGAGGAUCUUCUGUCAUGUGGAAACAUGGAAAGACAAACAAAUCAGCCUGUAAUGAUUUAUUUUUUUUCAUGCCCUUUAAUAAAAACCUAUUGACAAGCGAAACACAAAAUUGCAAAUACGUUUGGUGUACAGCAUUUUAUUUAUAAAAUGGGAUAUGUUCAUGGACUAACUUCAUAUUAGUAGUUUUACAGAUGCCAUGUAUAGCUGAGAAUUUAACCGUAAACGGCCCAUAACUCAAUGUCUACAGGAAGCAUUUCAAAUACAUUUUAUUACAGAAUUCUUAAUCAUAUGUGAAUGACAUUCUGCACAACUGACACAUUUAAUUGCAUUUCAGAAAUGCUUAAUGUGACCAUGGUUGUCAAUGUUAAGUGUCCAAUGAGCUGUGCUUUUGAAGUUCUAUUCAGGUACAAAACAAUUGUUUACUUUCAGUUAGGCUAAUGCUUGAAAUUAUUCAAAUUUAAACCUUGGCAGUAACAACUCCAUGUAUGAUUAAAUGUUCCCUAAUUUUAUUGGGCUGUUGUGGCUUUCAAAUUAGAUUGUUUUCCUUCAUAGAGAUCUUUCCAGUGAGAAAAUAGCCUUUAAUACAGUAAGCACUUGACACGUCUUGUUAUUACAAACCUGAGCAUGAUCUAUAAAUGUGUCAUCCUAAUGUAUGUCUCCUUGGUUGUAAUUUACAGUAACUGUCCUGUCUAGCCUAACUCUCUCUAGUCUAAUGUCCUGGAUAUAUUGCUUCUGUUAUUUUGUUUGAAUAAACUGCAGUAAUUAGAGAACUUAUUCUGAGAACUUUUAGCCCCUUUAAGACAAGGAUGUAAAUUUUUAUUUAGGCAAAAAUAAACUCC